GGUUUUAGGGAUCUGAAACGCUUUACUGUUUCUGUUUUGGAUUCUUCGAUUGCUUCUGAGCUUUCGAUUUGAUUCCAUUUCAAGCUGCUGAAUCUGAUCUUUCAGCUGCUUCUGUGUAUUGGUCAAACACCAAUGGGAUAAUUAAAAAAAAUGGUGUUUGUAUUGAGACUUUUCUUCGUCUGUUGACCUAUGUUGGGUCAACCAAGGAUGAUCUCUCAAGUGGUCAAAAGGAAAGUUACUUUGUAGAGUUGAGCAAGAUCUUUGAAAGAGUGAUAGUGUGAGUGUGCCUCUUGGGUUGUGGGAAGAAGAUCAUGCCUUGGUGGAGUAAAUCCAAAGAUGAAAAAAAGAAAACUAAUAAGGAGAGUAUCAUUGAUGCGUUUAAUCGGAAAUUGGGAUUUGCAUCUGAGGAUAGGUCUAGCGGUCGAUCUAGAAAAUCAAGAAGACGACGUGAUGAAAUUGUGUCUGAAAGAGGAGCUAUAUCUCGAUUACCAUCAAGAUCUCCCUCUCCUUCUACUCGGGUUUCACGCUGUCAGAGUUUUGCAGAAAGAUCUCCUGCUGUACCUCUUCCUCGUCCUAUUGUCCGUCCUCCUGUAACCAGUACUGAUUCCGGAAUGAAUGGAUCACAGAGACCAGGUUUAGAUGCUAAUUUGAAGCCAUCAUGGUUGCCACUUCCAAAGCCCCAUGGUGUUACAAGCAUACCUGAUAAUACCCGUGCUGAGGCUGAUUUUGCCACUGCUUCUGUGUCUAGUGGAAGUUCUGUGGGUGACAAUCCAUCUGAUUCUCUUCUCAGUCCAUUGGCUUCUGAUUGUGAAAAUGGGAACCGAACAGCAGUUAACAUUUCUUCAAGGGAUCAGCCAAUGCAUAGUAACAAAAACUCAGCUGAGAUGUUCAAGCCAGUCCCAAAUGUAUCUAACAAAAAUAGAAUUCUGUCGGCAUCUCCUAGGCGGAGACCUCUGGGAACUCAUGUGAAGAAUCUACAAAUCCCGCAACGAGAUUUAGUGCUAUGCAGUGCUCCAGAUAGUUUAUUGUCUAGUCCUUCCAGGAGUCCAAUGAGAUCCUUUAUUCCAGAUCAAGUCUCAAACCAUGGGUUGUUGAUUAGUAAACCAUAUUCAGAUGUUUCCUUGCUUGGAUCUGGACAAUGCUCAAGCCCAGGUUCAGGUUACAACUCAGGUAACAAUUCCAUUGGUGGAGAUAUGGCUACUCAGCUGUUUUGGCCUCAGAGCAGGUGUAGCCCUGAAUGUUCCCCUGUGCCUAGUCCAAGAAUGACAAGCCCUGGUCCUAGCUCUAGAAUACAGAGUGGUGCUGUUACACCUCUUCAUCCUCGAGCUGGAGGGUCAACUACUGGGUCUCCUACUAGAAGACUUGAUGAUAACAGACAGCAAAGCCACCGUCUGCCUCUCCCGCCAUUAUUAAUCUCUAAUACUUGUCCGUUUUCCCCCACAUAUUCAGCAGCAACAUCUCCGUCUGUCCCCCGAAGUCCAGCAAGGGCAGAGGCUACGGUAAGCCCUGGUUCGCGAUGGAAAAAAGGGAGAUUGCUGGGGAUGGGAAGUUUUGGACAUGUGUAUCUUGGCUUUAACAGUGAAAGUGGGGAGAUGUGUGCCAUGAAAGAGGUUACUCUAUGCUCAGAUGAUCCUAAGUCAAGGGAGAGUGCACAACAAUUGGGGCAAGAAAUUUCAGUUCUAAGCCGUUUACGACACCAAAAUAUAGUGCAGUAUUAUGGCUCUGAAACCGUCGAUGACAAGCUGUAUAUAUAUCUGGAGUAUGUCUCUGGUGGUUCGAUCUAUAAACUUCUUCAAGAGUAUGGACAAUUUGGUGAGAAUGCCAUCCGUAACUACACGCAACAAAUUUUAUCAGGGCUCGCAUAUUUGCACGCCAAAAAUACUGUUCAUAGGGACAUCAAAGGAGCAAAUAUAUUGGUGGAUCCCCAUGGACGAGUAAAAGUGGCUGAUUUUGGGAUGGCAAAACAUAUUACUGCUCAAUCUGGUCCUCUAUCAUUCAAAGGGAGCCCAUAUUGGAUGGCACCUGAGGUGAUAAAGAAUUCAAAUGGCAGUAACCUUGCGGUUGACAUAUGGAGUCUUGGAUGUACCGUUUUAGAAAUGGCUACAACAAAACCUCCAUGGAGCCAGUAUGAGGGGGUUCCUGCUAUGUUCAAGAUUGGAAACAGCAAGGAGCUUCCAGAUAUUCCUGAUCAUUUAUCUGAAGAGGGGAAGGAUUUUGUAAGAAAAUGCCUACAAAGAAACCCCUCAAAUCGUCCUACAGCUGCUCAGCUUUUGGAUCACGCUUUUGUAAGAAAUGUGAUGCCGAUGGAAAGGCCUAUUGUGUGUGGCGAGCCUGCAGAAGCCAUGAAUGUAGCUUCGAGCACCAUGAGAUCACUGGACAUUGGACAUGCAAGGAGUCUUCCGUGCUUAGACUCGGAAGAUGCAACCAAUUACCAGCAGAAAGGAUUAAAACCUGGCUCGGGAUUCAGUAUAUCCCAAUCUCCUAGGAACAUGUCAUGCCCGAUUUCACCAGUCGGUAGUCCAAUCUUUCACUCGCAUUCACCACAUAUUAGCGGAAGAAGAUCUCCAUCCCCAAUAUCUAGUCCCCAUGCUCUCUCUGGUUCAUCAACACCUUUAACCGGGUGUGGUGGAGCCAUUCCGUUCCAUCACCAAAGACAAACUACAGUUAACUUCUUGCAUGAAGGCAUAGGAUCAAGCAGAAGCCCGGGAAGCGGCGGAAAUUUCUACACCAACAAUUUCUUUCAGGAGCCUAGUAGGCAGCAAGAUCGGUCGCGGAGUAGUCCAAGGACGCCUCCUCAUGUAUUUUGGGACAACAACGGAUCGAUCCAGCCAGGCUAUAAUUGGAACAAGGACAACCAGCCAGUCCUAUCUGAUCAUGUGUCCCAACAGCUCUUAAGUGAGCAUCUGAAACUGAAGUCCCUCGACCUGAGACCCGGUUUUUCAACUCCCGGUUCGACAAACAGAGGACCCUAACCCGUUCGAGUCAAAUGAUUCGACACCAAUGACAGAACCAUAAAACCCAGUGGAAAAAAACAUCAAAACAAAUAGCUGCAGAAACUCCUCCAGGAUCUCGGAAUUGCAACACAGCCUGAAGGGUUCAGGAUCUCGAGGUUUAGGAUCGGGGUUAGGGUUACUGAGCCGCGUCUCAAAACCCUGAACCAUUGGCUAAUAUCAAGAAAUGAGGAUACGUUUU